CACUCUUCAGGUAUUUACUUUUGCGCUGCCGCACCACCUGUCUUCUUGACUUGAUCAUCGGUCUUCACCAAUUCAUCAGCCAAGACCUGAUACUUCGUUCGUUUACCACUGCAUUUAGUUAUCUAUACAUGAGCAGGCCCGUUCACUCCCGGGCAAAUCAUCCUUGUUUCAACUUCUCAGCUGCGAAUCAAAGAUCCAUCAAUACGAGCAACCAAAAUGAACGUCAACAAAAGAUUCGACCGCUUCAAACAGUGGGCUGGGGAAAGAAUGGGCGGCGAGGUCAAGACCAAUGUCUCUGAUGACUUUAAAGCCUUGGAAACGGAAAUGAGCGUGCGCCACGAAGGUAUCGACCGUAUCCACAAGUCCAUGACCGCCUACGUCAAAUCUAUUUCCAAGCGCAGUGAAGGGGACGACAAAGAGAAAACAUUGCCAAUUGCACACCUGGGUGGUAGCAUGAUUACUCACGGAGAGGACUAUGAAGUGAACUCUGAAUAUGGACGAUGUCUUACCAUGUUCGGAAGGGCAGAGGAGCGUCUUGCUCGGAUUCAAGAGUCUUACAUCGCCCAGGCGACCUCGGGCUGGCUGGAGUCGUUGGAGCGAUCUCUUACUCAAUUGAAAGAUUACCAAACAUCCCGCAAGAGGUUGGACACUCGACGUCUGGCGUAUGAUACUUCUCUAUCAAAGAUGCAGAAAGCAAAGAGGGAGGAUUUUCGCGUGGAGGAAGAGCUGCGGACACAGAAGGUCAAAUAUGAAGAAGCUAACGAUGAUGUGUAUCGCCGGAUGCUUGACAUAAAAAAUUCCGAGCCAGAGAAUGUUAUGGAUCUGCAGGCCUUCUUGAAUGCCCAAUUGAAUUAUCAUGAGCAAUGCCGGGAAGUGCUAAAGGGACUACAGAACGAGGCUAGGCAAAAUGCAAGUCAACCAUCAACUGGUCACAACGGGAGUCGUUCUCGAUCAAACACGGCCCAUUCGUACCAUGACCGCUUUGAACCCCUGCACGAAGAACAUAGCAAUGGUGUUGAGGCACGACCGGCCAUUAAAUCUAACACGCACAGUUUUGCCGAGUCACCUAUCAGAAAAGCCUACACGCAAGAGACUUCACCUCAUCGACCUGUCCUGAACCGCACCUCGACAUUUGAGGGCUCUUCACCAUUGCGACAGGUCCAUGAGCAUCCGGUUGCCGCCCAAAUUGCGACGCGAACGAAUAGCGAAAACCUCAUUACGAGGAGGAACAGCGUACAGGCUCGUCCGAUUAGCAGGGUGGUACCGGAACCAACGGAGGACGCUGGAUAUCACAGUGGGAGCGUGUCUGAUCGUUCAGACAACAGCUGGACUGAAUCCCGCCAAACGCCAUUUGGCAGCACCGUUUCAAGAAGAACUAGCUCCAGCACCCUGAACGGAUUCCCGCACAAGAAAGCCCCUCCGCCACCACCACCCUCGCGCGCAAAGAAGCCUGCACCUCCACCUCCAAUGAAGCGCCCCGUGCUCAGUGCAGCCCAGGUAUGA